AGCAAGCGGCACAGUCACAGCCCCGGCUUCCUGCAUGUGGAGGCAGGACGAAGUGGCGAGAUGUGCUGUAGCUGCUGACAUCACGCCACUUCCUGGAGAUCGGAGUGCCCUGCUGCUAUCUGCUACUGCUGGAGGGCAGCGAAACACGAGUAUCUCCGGUUGUGCUCACAGUUUAAUCUCACAGACGAAAGAGGUGCAAGAAAACGCAUUGGAUUUGUUGCCUAGAAGGAAUGGAGAAGUUUCCUUUAAGGAGGAACACACAGCCCUGGAAAUAAACGAUUACCAGUUGUUGGAAUUGGCUUCUUAAAGAAACCGUGUACAUGUUCUGUAUCUCAGGUUUUAUUUUUUGGAUCUUUCCUUUUUCUGGAAACCAGGACAACAGGACUAUUUCUUUCGAAUGGGAUGAAUGUGCCACUUUGGGCAAUCCAGCGACUGCAGAGUAGUGAUCAAGCCACUUCAGCUGCACUCAGACUGUCGCCUCUCCCAAUGAUGACUCUGAUGCCUAAAUCCACGGCUUGAAUUUUCCUUUUUUUUUUUUUUUUUUUUUUUUUUUCUUUUAACUUGGAGGGGUGGCUCAAAGGAAUACAAAAAUCAUCUUCAAAGUGGAGUACCGCAAACUAGACAUGGAUAAUAAAAAGAAAGACAAAGACAAAACCGAUGAUAGGAUGCCAAGGCCAGGAGGCCGAUCGGGAGGGCCUAAUCCACGGGGUGGCAGUUCCUCCAGCUCAGGAGUUCUCAUGGUUGGACCCAACUUUCGUGUGGGCAAAAAAAUAGGUUGUGGAAAUUUUGGAGAACUUAGAUUAGGUAAAAAUUUGUACACAAAUGAAUAUGUUGCAAUUAAGCUGGAACCAAUGAAGUCCAGGGCACCACAGUUACAUUUGGAAUACCGAUUCUACAAACAGUUAGGAUCAGCAGAUGGGAUACCUCAGGUUUAUUACUUUGGGCCAUGUGGAAAAUAUAAUGCAAUGGUGCUUGAACUGCUGGGACCGAGUCUGGAAGAUCUGUUUGAUCUGUGUGACAGGACAUUUUCACUUAAAACAGUUUUAAUGAUUGCCAUUCAGCUAAUAACUCGAAUGGAGUAUGUUCAUUCAAAAAACUUGAUAUACAGGGAUGUAAAACCAGAAAACUUCUUAAUAGGAAGACCUGGUAGUAAAAACCAGCACAUUAUCCAUAUUAUAGAUUUUGGCCUUGCAAAAGAAUAUAUAGAUCCAGAGACAAAGAAGCACAUCCCAUACAGAGAACACAAGAGCCUUACUGGAACAGCAAGAUACAUGAGCAUAAAUACACAUUUAGGAAAAGAACAAAGCAGAAGAGAUGAUUUGGAAGCACUAGGUCAUAUGUUUAUGUAUUUUCUAAGAGGUAGCCUUCCUUGGCAGGGCCUAAAGGCAGACACCUUAAAAGAAAGGUAUCAGAAGAUAGGAGACACAAAAAGGGCAACUCCAAUAGAAGUACUGUGUGAAAACUUUCCAGAGGAGAUGGCUACGUAUUUACGCUAUGUUAGAAGGCUGGACUUCUUUGAAAAACCAGAUUAUGACUACCUGCGGAAGCUCUUUACAGAUUUAUUUGAUCGGAAGGGUUUCAUGUUCGAUUACGAGUAUGAUUGGGUUGGUAAGCAGCUUCCAACUCCAGUGGGUCCAAUUCAUCCAGAUUCCGCACUGUCCUCUUCAAACAGAGAUGCUCAUCAACACAGGGAUAAAACGCAACAAGCCAAAAAUCAGUCGGCAGACCACAGGGCAGCUUGGGAGCCCCAGCAGGCCAAUCCCCAACAGUUGAGAGCUCACCUAGCAGCUGACAGACAUGGUGGCUCGGUACAGGUGGUUAGCUCAACAAAUGGGGAACUGAAUACAGAUGAUCCUACUGCAGGACAUUCAAAUGCACCAAUCACUGCACCAGCAGAAGUAGAAGUAAUGGAUGAGACAAACUGCCAGAAAGUGUUGAACAUGUGGUGCUGCUGUUUUUUCAAAAGAAGAAAAAGGAAAACAAUUCAGCGCCACAAAUGACUCUGGAAGCGGACAGACCAAGGGGAGUUGCUUACGCAUUCAUCUGCUGUCUCGUGAAAACAAAACAAAAAAAAAAAAAUCAUCUCUGCAGUGACAAAAGAGGAUUUGUAAUUAAAGGAUUUCUCUUUAGACUUUUUUUUUUUU